CGGCCGUUGUGUUUUGAAGAUCGCACGCGGAGAAGGACCUUCGCUAUGUACCGCAUCAUCAUCCCGGUUCUUUUGUAUAUGCGCGCGGUUAACACGGCACCGCAAGACUCUAACGUGACGUUCGUGAAGAUCGAACCAUUCAUAAAUAACGAAACAUCAUCACAAAAUACCAGUACUGAAAACAGAGUGGAGGAUAUACCACUCGACGGAAAUAACAUUACUUUCGAAAACAACGAAUUCAUUCGACUUGUUAGAAACGAUGAUCUCACUACAGAGUCCGAAUCCGAUAUCACGACGGAGAUAGCAGAAGGCAUUACCGAGGAGGUCACAACAAUACCGACGACGACUACAACACGUGCUCCAAAACCCAAAAUUACUCAAAGCCCCAGAUUCCUAUCCAAGUUAAGUCAUUUUAAAAAAGCAAAUAUAAUAAAUACAGUGUCAACGAAUUCGAUAAAUUCAUUUGCAGUUUCGACAAAAGUUGACAGACCAUAUAAAAGAAAGUUCAAGAGUCGUUGCAGAUGCGAAAAGAUUGAGAACUGUCCGAAGCUACAAAUCACUGUGCCAAGAUGUCCGAAUGAAUAUUUCUUAUGUUGUUUCUAAGAUAUUACAUUAAUUAUGGAUUGUUGAUGUGACGUUACGGAUUGUACAAAUACUUUAAUUGCUUAGUAAGUCGACGUAAAUUGAAUUUGUAAACACCGUUUUUUUUAUGUUUCAGUAUAUUUUGACGAAUUUAAAUAAGAUAUUUAUUUUCCGUCUAUAUUAGAAAAUGGAUUUGUCAUGUUUUAACCUAAUUCUAGUCCCACCGAUUGCUAUCAAACGUCAUUUCAGAGAUGAAAUAAUUGAAAUGCAACAAUUAAAUAUUUAGGAUAAAGUCUACUUUAGUGUCACCUAACACACCAACAAUCGUUAUUAUAUACACAAUAUUCACGUAUACAUUUAAUAAAAAUAGUGUUGCAUAAUUUUUAUCCAUUCCAAUUAUAUUUAGUUCUAUCUAAACAAAAGUCCUUUAAGAUAAGAGCAUCUCAAGACGUCAGCUGAUGAUCUUUAAUCACAGUCAGCAUCAAGCAACGCUAUCAAGAUUAUUUAUUUUGCAUUAUUCACUUGCAUAGUAACUAAAACUUUAGUAAUAAAUUCCUUAUAGUUUUAAGGUAUUUUUAAACUUUAGUUUUUAUUGCAUCAAUUAUCUUAUUAAUUAUUUAUUUUAUUCAAUUCGUUCGAUUGUCUUUAUGACACUACAUAAAAUCCCAUACUACUGAAAUGUGUCAUGACAUUUAUGGACUGAAAUAAUGAAGACUUGUUUAUUUAUUGAGUGUCGUACAAAUAUGUGUCCCAACAGUAAUAAUGUAGUAUAAUUAUUUAUAAAAAAUAAAUAUAUC